CACAGCUGCUGCUGCUCCACCACACACACCUCAACACACCACACACACUUCCUCACACACACCUCAAUACACACACCUCAACACACACACACUUCCUUUCACAAACUUCCUCACACACACCUCAAUACACUACAUACACUUCCUCACACACACCUCAACACACACACUUCCUCACACACACCUCAACACACAUACACACUUCCUCACACACACCUCAGCACACAUCAACACAUCACAAUCACUUCCUCAACACUCCACACAAACACUUCCUUACACACACCUCAACACACCACACACAUUUCUACAUACACACCUCAAUACACCACACAAACCUCCUGACACACACCUCAUUAGACCACACACACUUCCUCACACACACCUUAAUCAGCAACACACACACACACACACACACACACACUCCGUCACAAACACUCUCCCUCUGGAACACACUGCGCUCAGCGGGAUGGGAGGCAGCGAGCGAGGAUGAACCGGACUCUGACCCUCCUGUACGCCGUCAGCCUCGUUCAGAGUUGCGUCUGCGCAGACUCUGAGGAGCGGCUGAUGAACUGGCUGCUGGGUAAAAACCGUUAUAAUAAACUGAUCCGACCGGCGCUGAACAGAACCGAGAGAGUGACGGUGAAGCUGCAGGUCUCUCUGGCACAACUCAUCAGUGUGAAUGAGAGAGAGCAAAUUAUGACCACCAACGUUUGGCUCACACAGAACUGGAAUGAUUACAGACUUUCGUGGGAUCCGUCAGAGUAUGAGGGAAUCGACAAGCUCCGAAUUCCUUCCAGACACAUCUGGCUGCCCGACAUUGUCUUAUAUAAUAAUGCUGAUGGAACCUACGAGGUGACGGUCUUCACUAACGCUAUUGUCCUGUUUAACGGCAGCAUCGCCUGGCUUCCUCCUGCCAUCUACAAGAGUGCCUGCAAAAUCGAGGUCAAGCAUUUCCCCUUCGACCAGCAGAACUGCACACUAAAGUUCCGCUCCUGGACCUACGACCACACCGAGAUCGACCUGGUCUUAAAGUCUGAGGUUGCCAGCAUGGACGACUUCACCCCCAGCGGAGAGUGGGACAUCCUGGCUCUUCCGGGGAGAAGAACGGUCAACCCUCAGGAUCCGACGUACGUGGAUCUGACCUAUGACUUCAUCAUCAAGCGAAAGCCGCUUUUCUACACUAUCAAUCUGAUCAUUCCCUGCGUUCUCAUCACCUCGCUGGCCAUCCUGGUGUUUUACCUGCCGUCAGACUGCGGUGAGAAGAUGACCCUGUGUAUCUCUGUGCUCCUGGCCCUCACCGUGUUUCUCUUACUGAUCUCUAAAAUCGUCCCGCCUACAUCCCUGGACGUCCCACUAAUCGGGAAGUAUCUGAUGUUCACCAUGGUUUUAGUGACGUUCUCCAUCAUCACGAGUGUGUGCGUACUAAACGUCCACCAUCGUUCCCCGAGCACACACACCAUGCCCAGCUGGGUGAAGCUGGUGUUCCUGGACAAGCUCCCCAUGCUGUUGUUCAUGCGAAGACCCCGCAGAACCUCGGCGCGGCAACGGUUACGGCAGCAGAGGUGUCACCAGGACCGCCGGGCCCUGCUCGGCCUGGGAUAUGGAGCUCCGCGAAGCUCCGCCCUCUCCUCCUCUGCCUCCGUAUUACUGGCCACCUCCUCAGCCUCCGCCCUCUCCUCACCGGGACACUUUUACAGCAAAGCUCCACCUUUCAGCUUCAGCCGGAGCUCCAGGAAGGGAGACUUGCGACCCACCGAGUUCCUGCCCAACAGCCACGCCUCCACUCAGGACCUGCGGGGGGGUUCAGACUGGGGGGCUGAUGUUCAGGAGGCAGUGGAUGGGGUUCGCUAUGUGGCCGAUCACAUGAUGGGAAAUGACGAUGAUCAGAGUGUGAUCGAGGACUGGAAGUACGUGGCGAUGGUGGUGGACCGGCUGUUCCUGUGGAUCUUCGUGAUCGUUUGUGUGGUCGGGACACUGGGACUCUUCCUCCAGCCGCUGUUCCAGAACCAGAUCGUUCCGGUGCAGCAGCCAAACGCUGAGUCCUCCAGGAGAGACGGGAUGUGAGGAAUCAACGACCCAACGACUACAGCAAUACCAGCUUCAGAUACACACAUUAAUCUUCAUUACCACAAAGACUGUUCACCUCCACCAUACUGUUAAUAAAACCUCUUAUUAAUAAAACCUCUUUCACUCUUAAAUCUGAGACAAAAUCAUUGCUAUUAAACCUUUACAUUAAAUUAUUGGUU